UAAUCAGUGCAAGCAGAGCUCUUUUCCCUGAAUGAAUCCAAGUAACCCCGGUGGUUCCUUUCUGAAAUGACCAGCAGACAAGCAUCUGAGCAGAGGCUGCCCAAGGAAUAAACUCUGGUUGUAAAGUACCAUGUCUAGCCAAGGAAGUCCUGGAGUGGAGUUUUCAACAACAACUGUCAGUUCAGUGGCUGUGCAGGCUGGAGACUGCAGAAUCGUGAUAGCUGUCAUAAAGUGUGGCAAAUGGGUACAACUUCAAUUGGCUGAAUCACAGCCCAAUCUUCUAGAGAUUGGGAGCAGUCAAGAUGAAACCAAAAAACUUCUUCAUGAUCAUGAACUUCUUUUGGCCAAACUCAAGGCUUUGGAAGAUCGGGUGUGGGAACUCUUGCAGGAAGCAGACAAGACAGCUGAAGAGAACAAGAAUCAGAGUCAGGUUUAUGACGCCAUGGCCCAGACCUUGGGUGAAGCGUGGGCAGCCCUGGUCUCCAUGCUUGAAAGAAGACGGGAACUCCUUAGGUUGACCUGUGAAUUUUUUGAAAAUGCCUUGGAGUUUGCUAUUAAAAUAGACCAAACUGAAGAUUUCCUCCAGAGUCCUCAUGAGUUUGAAAGUGCUGAGUCUUUACAAUCACUUCUUCAGCUUCAUGAACAUCACGCCAAAGAACUCUUAUCACGAUCUCUAGCCCUUUUAAACAAAAGCCAGCAACUCACUGACUUCAUAGAGAAAUUCAAGUGUGAUGGACCUACUGUGAGUUCCGAGUUGAUCCACGGAGCUCAGAGCAGCUGUCUGAAGAUUGACAGCCUUCUUGAACUUCUACAAGACAGGAGAAGGCAGCUAGACAAAUACCUGCAGCAGCAGCGGCAAGAGUUGGGUCAGGUUCUGCAGAUAUGUCUGUGGGACCAACAAGAAAACCAGGUUACUUGCUGGUUUCAAAAAACCAUAAGAGAUUUGCAGGAACAAAGUCUAGGUUCAUCACUUUCAGACAAUGAGGAGCUAACUUGUAAGCACGAGGAACUAACAAUAAAAGCAAAGGAAUGGAAUUCCAUUGCAGAGAAGCUGAAAAGCGAGGCCUUGGGGAUUCUGCGGGGAAAGGACUGUGUGGAGAAAGAACAUCUACAGCUGUCUAACCAGAAACUGAAUCAGCUUCAAGAAGAAUUUGGUCGACUCAUGGUGGAAAGGAAAACCUGGUUAAAAAAGGCAAAUGAUUUUUUUAACAGUGCUAAUAAGGCAUUUGAUGUACUUGGAAGAGUUGAAGCUUACCUUAAGCUCCUUAAAUCAGAGGGUUUAAGUCUGCCUGUCUUGGCAGCAAGGCAUGAGGAAUUACACAGAGAAAUUAAGGAGUGCACAGCUGAUGCUUUGCAAAGGGGCCAAACCUUAAUCAGACAAGUAGACUCCUGCAGCUUUCGAGUGACUGGCGUCCAUGAGAUGAUGGGACACAUUCAGAGACGAGUGGACCAGUUGACCCAACAGUGUUCAGCACACAAGGAAUUUGCUCUUAAGAAGCAGCAAUUAACAGCCUCCGUGGAGAAUCAUCUAAGGAAGGUGGAUAUGUCAAUUCAGAAAAUCAUUCCAGUUGUUUCCAAUGCAAUGGAUAUUGGUUCCAGUCUUUCUGAAUCUGAGAAGAUUUUAAAUAAAUAUCUGGAAUUAGAUAUGCAAGCUAAGGAGACAUCACAGGCAUUGGAAGCAGCUGCAAAAGCCAUGUUGGAGAAAAAUGAAUUUGAAUCUGAUGAAGUAGCAUCACUUUCUUUUAAAGCUCAAUGGCUAGAGGAAGAAUUAAACAUACUUGGCCAGAGCAUCACCUCCAGGUCACAAGUCCUGCAAAGCUACAUAGCAUUUCUAAAGUCAUCAAAGGAGGUAGAAGAGCAGUUUCAGAGCCUGAAGGAAUUUUAUCAAACUCAAAUCCUUUGGGAGGAGAAGGAGGAUGUGAAAAUCAAGCAUUGGUCUGACUCAGCUGAGAAGCAGUGGCAGCUAUUUUUGAAGAAGAGUUUUUUAACCCAAGACCUAGGACUUGACUUCCUUAAUUUAAUACAAAUGACAAAGGAGAGUGAAAUAUUAAAUGUGAAAAAUAAAGUGCACAUUAUGGAGGACACUCUGGAAAACCAGAAGGCUAGAUGGGAAGAACUUAGCCACCUGCGGAUGGCAUGGCAACUUAAAGGAACUGAAAGCAAGUCUGUGAAGCAGCAGUGGACGGCGUUCAAGGAGAAACUCAGAAAGACAACCCACAAUGUAAAACUCCUUCAGGAAGUACUCAUGCCUGUGUCUGCACUUGACCUCGGAGGGAGCCUCCAGACCAUUUCAGAUCUGCGGAAAAAAUGGAAUGAAAUGAAGCCUCAGUUCCAGCAACUGCAUGAUGAGGUUCAGUUCAUCAUGAGAGAAUUGGAAGAAUUAAGAGGCAAAGGAGCCCCUGUGAAAGAGAAAUCUCAACAACUGAGUGACCUUAUUUACCUCCAUCAGAAACAGACAGAGCGCAUCCAAGAUUAUGACAAUCUCCUACACAAGGUAGUCCUCUUCCACCAAGUCAGGGAGGAGCUGGGACAUCUCAUCAAAUCAAGAGAACUGGUGUUUCUGGAGCAGCUGGAGGAACUGGGUGAUGCUCCUGAGACUCAGAUACACCUCAGUCGCUCUCAGGAUCAAAAGGCACAUGUGGAGCAGCUCUAUCAACUGGCCUUUUCCUUAGGAGUGGACAUUAUCUCAUCAACACAGCACCCUAAUUGCUUUAAUGUUUCUGCAAAGAAUGUGCAGCAGCAGCUGGAGGUCCUUGAGGUGGACAGUAUGAAGUGGCGUGCCAAAUCUGAGGAGCGUGACCAGGCCCUGUGUCGCAGUUUGGAGUACUGCACCACAAGAGAUGAAAUAAAUGAGCUCAAAGAGUCAUUCAAAGAUAUCAAAAAGAAAUUCAACAAUUUGAAGUUUAACUACACUAAGAAAAAUGAAAAAGCUCGAAAUCUGAAGGCUCUUAAAUAUCAAAUACAACAAGUUGAUAUGUAUGUUGAAAAAAUGCAGGUUUUGAGAAAGAAAAUGGAAAAAGUUAAUAAUAAAACUUGUGAUUCUUUCUUAAAUUAUCCAAGUAAUAAAGUUAAUGUCCUUUUGGAAGCCAUGAAGGAUUUGCAGAAACAUGUGGAGGACUUUGAGAAAGUUGUCACAGAUUACAAAGUAAAUCUGGACCUGACUGAGCAUCUCCAAGAAGUAAUAGAAGAGUGUCACUUUUGGUAUGAAGAUGCAAGUGCCACAGUUGUAAGAGUUGGGAAAUAUUCCAUGGAGUGCAAGACAAAGGAAGCCGUGGAAAUUCUCCACCAGCAGUUCAACAAGUUCAUUGCACCCUCAGUGCCUCAGCAAGAGGAAAGGAUUCAGGAAGUCACGAACCUUGCUCAGCGCUUAUAUGGUUUGGAAGAAGGACAAAAAUAUGCUGAGAAAGUUGUGGCAAAACACAAAGAGGUUCUUGAAUCUAUCACUGAAUUAUGUGGGUCUCUCAUGGAGCUCAAAGAAAAGCUGAAGCAGGGUGAUACUGUAAAGAUGAAUUCCAAUCUGGAGGAUUUCCAUGACAAUGGCAUUGACCUACUAAAGGAACCAGUGAGAAAUAAACAGAUGAUAUUUAAUGAAGAGAGAAAUAAGGAUCAGGAGCAGGUGGUAGAUACUUUGGCCAUUGUUGGAGCAGGAGAAGAUGGACUUCCCCAGAACCUGAGGCCUCUGUCCUCUGCCGAAGAGAGCAGUGUCCAGGGCCUGCUUCAGCCUGAAGAUAUGCUGUCAGGAGAAGAAUAUGAGUGUGUCUCGCCUGAUGACAUCUCCUUGCCUCCACUCCCAGGAAGCCCCGAGUCCCCCCUUGCACCUUCAGACAUGGAGGUAGAAGAGCCUCCCAGCUCCUCCCCCCUAAUUCACAUCAGCAGUUGCAGGAUGCAGUUGGGGACCAGUGGUCCAGGGGAGGCCCAGGAAUCUGCUCUUCCACCACCCGUUGCUUUUGCCGAUGAGUGCAGUGAAAAGAGAGAAACAUUUUCAAGUCAUUUUGAGAGGCCUUACCCCCAAUUCAAAGCUGAGCCCCCACUCACCUCCGGAGGAUUUCUGGAAACAAGUUCUGCCUUAUACAAAAUCAGUGCUAAACAUCCGGAGAGCAUGCCGAGUGAAGUGCAUGAGAGAGCUUUACAGCAGCACCCUCAGGCUCAGGGAAGUUUGCUAGAAACGCAGGAGAAAAUGCAUGCUGAUCAUAACGUCACUAAAACCCGAGACAGGCUGCAUGCUUCCCCUGAUGCCCUCCAGGGCCUUGACUUUCCAUCAGGCAGCAGCAGGGGCUCUCAGAGACAAAAAAUGUUUCCCCAAGAAGAGAUGAGCAGCACAUCUGCCAAGAACAGCGUGGUCAGCCUCGCUGGCCAGGCACCAAAUUUCUCCAGGCUCCUGUCCAAUGUAACUGUCAUGGAAGGUUCUCCAGUGACAUUGGAAGUUGAAGUAACAGGAUUUCCAGAGCCUACACUGACAUGGUACAAGAAGGGCCAGAAAUUGUCUACAGAUGGGCACUUACAGGUUUUAAACAAGGAAACAAAGCAUUCCGUGUUCAUUCCGAAGGUAUGCAAGGCAGAUGCAGGCCUCUAUGUGGCUCGGGCCCAAAACUCUAGUGGCACUGUCUCUUCCAAUGUCGUCCUCCACGUGACAGGUAACCACAGGUCGCCAAUCACAAGGAUAAACUGGAUAAUGCUGUGUGUCAUCUAUGUCGGUGUAUCCCUAAUGUACUGGCUACUCACACAGUGACUGUGGUGUUGACCUUGAUGGACAUCAUUCUUACGAGCCUAAAGGACAAUAUGGUUGUUUAUUUUCUGGCACUUCCUACAAACCACCCCCAACA